GUUCAACAGGGUAGAUGUACUUAAGGAACGUGAGACUUCAGUUUCAGACAAAUAAAGGCAAAUAUUGCAAACUACACAAAAGGCAGCCGCUAAAGCGUUUAAGUUUCAAAAUAGAACAAACAAAACAGACUAAAUUGUCAGUUCCACUUAGAAACAAAAUAUUAAUUCUAAAAAUAAAUCUUAGUUCGUUUUACAGAAGAACAGACAAAAUUGACUAACUUUUGUCAAUAUCAAAUAAACUGAGAACUAAAAGGAAAUUCUCAAUCUCUCCUUGUUGUAUAGCUUAGCUUUUCAAACAGUUUUAACAGUUACUUUAGUCUGACAAAAGCCGAAUGAUGAAUUAGCCCUUUCAGUCAGAGAUUGAGUUUAUUGUAUUUCCAGACUUGCUUUCGGCACAAUUUACAGUGCGCGCUACUCUGUUUUUUGUCAGACUUGAAAUAACCGAAAUACCUUCACACUACGGAACUUCUAUGGCCCUUCCGUUCGACAAUCUCUCCGGUAUUGGAACCAUCAUCGGUUUUCUCUUUCGCUUCGGAUCGGCUGCCUGUGCGCACGAGCUCAUUCGUUGUUCCUAUCGUCUGCAGAGUUCUUUAUAUUAUCAUUAAAUAACCGUAGCUGCCGGCUUGUUUGAGUAAUCUGUAAAUGAAGCUGCUGUAACCUCAACAAAUCACAGUUUAGGCCUCACGGUGCAGCGGGGGAUCCUGCAAACUCGACGACCUGCGGCUAAAAUGUGUUUUUCAUGCAGCAUGAAGGGAGGCGUGCUUGUAGUAAAGCUGGAGUUGUACUGGGAGACUUGAUGUGUUUGGACCUGCUGGAGCCAAACACGGAGCAGAUGAAGAGCUGUGUGCUGCAGCGUGUUCAGCACCAGCUGUUUGUGCUUCUCCUUCCUGACAAGCUUUUUGUGCAGCGACUGUGGCUUUGCUGUCACUGUGGGCCUCGCAGCACGGCAGCUGUUCCUCCCUCAGCUCAGUGAACAGCGCCCGGCUCUUCAUUCUUCAUCCACAGCUGUCCUCGGUCAGUCAGCUCAAUCUGACUCCUUCUGCACCACCGCCCCCUCCACCCUCACACAAACCUUACAGUUUAUUCUGGGCGUUAGCAGCAGCAGUGUGUGCAGGUCAGGGGGAUGGUGCUGUGUUCAGGGUUUUACAGCAGCUCCUCCUCACGCUCUCUCAUGCUUCACAUCCAUCAUCUUUGCACUACAGGCUUUGGCUUUGUCACCACCCGCUGGACUGAAGCAGCUGGAAAAACAGCCCUCGAUUGUAUUUUCAAUUUUGAAAAUAUGUUUCCUCCCUAAUAAAAAUGUAGACGAAGCAGAUACAGUAGUGAGGGACGCUGUCACCUGGUGCCUGUUUGGGUGUUUUUGUUCUAGUCACAUAAACAAAGAAGUGGCUGUUGGGCACCCGUGGGUGGGCCUCUGCUGCCCUCUGCUGGACAGCACUGAACGCUGCACGUGCACUCUGGCACAGUCACAUGCUUCGUCACUUCCUCAAUUCUGACACAUUUGUUUUAGUGUGUUACGGGAAAAAGCGAAGUCCAAAGAAAAUAUUAAUGCAGGGAUUUAAAAAAAAGGUUCAGGAGAAAACCUCUGCAGUCCGCGUUCAUGUGCGCGUCAUAUCACCCAGAAUCACGCGGUAAAAGCUCGCAAUGACUCUUCUUCUCUGGAAAUACAGAAGGAUCGAGGCUGUCUGACGGUUUGUGGGUUCAAUGAAGACAAAACGGCAACAACAUUAAAGCCUCACCUGCAGAUCUGGGACUGGCUCCACAUUUACCUGCUACCUGAAGUUUGACGUCAUUAAGUAAACAGUGAUUGAUGUUUGGUUUCAUAAAACGUGUUUGUCCGUGAGUCAAAUCUGAGAGGUUCCCAGCUGACCUCCUCAGAAUCAGCUGAUUUAUUUUGUACAAAAACUUGAAAAGAUUAAAUGUAAUCUUCAGAGUCACAGGAGCUCCGGGUGCUCCGAUCACUUCUAUCAUUUUCAUCCCGCACGGGUCCCGGAGAUCUUCCAGCAAACAUGUUUACUCUGUUAGAAACUGCCACCAAAUGAAUGUUACACCCACGAGAGUCACAGUCUGCGCCGCACCGGGCUUUCUCCUGUGAGCGUCACGCUCGGAGCCGCUCUGUGCACCUCCAGUGUUCACAGCAGGAAGCUAAACUAAGCCCACCGGAAACGAUGUGGCCACAGUUUCUCCAACACGUGAUAGAAAUGUGCAGCUGAUCCUGCGUCAGUUUCCGGUUCCUUCAGGGCGCGGCGCCAUUAGCUGAAGGAACAAAGCAGCUCAUUGGUCGGCGCGAUCAGGUGGUCUCGGCUCAGCCAAUCGCAGGCUUUGAUGUUGCGCCGUGGACGGCCGGGUGGCGUUCAGCAGGAAGCGUUGCUGCUUCGGUUCACGGUGUUUUCAUCGAGUCGUUAACGGCACCGGAGACUGAAAAUCCGCGCGCACGCGAACCCUGAAGAGGUGCGGAAUCGUCACCGCCGCGCGAGGCCGACGGAGGAGAGGCCGACCGGACCGCCCACGGGACCAGUUAGCCACUAGCCGGCGCUCGGUGUCCGUCAGAGAGCUGCUUCUUUUAUGGGCGAGUGAGCAACAGCAGCCAUGACCGCCGAGCCGGACGCGCUGGCCGUGGUCAACCAGCUGAGGGACCUGGCCGCCGACCCCAUGAACCGCAGGGCCAUCGUCCAGGACCAGGGCUGCCUGCCCGGACUCAUCCUGUUCCUGGACCACCCCAACCCUCAGGUGGUCUACUCCGCCCUGCUGGCGAUCCGUUACCUGGCAGAAUGUCGAGCCAACCGGGAGAAGCUGAGGGCGGAGCUGGGGAUGAUGCUGAGCCUCCAGAACGUCAUGCAGAAGUCGACCACGCCCGGAGAGACGAAGCUGCUGGCGUCUGAGAUCUACGAGCUCCUGCAGGCGUCCGGCAGCGCCGACUCCGAACCGGCCGAGGAGCCCGUCAGCAGCCGCCGUAAAGCCCAGUUCUUCCUGGGCUCGAGCAACAAGAGAGCCAAGACCGUCGUCCUCCACAUCGACGGCCUGGACGACUCGAGUCGGAGGAGUAUGUGUGAGGAGGCGCUGCUGAAGAUCAAAGGAGUGAUCAGCUUCACCUUCCAGAUGGCCGUGAAGAGGUGCAUCGUCCGCAUCCGCUCGGACCUAAAGGCCGAGGCUCUGGCGUCUGCGAUCGCCGCCACCGAGGUGAUGAAGGCGCUGCAGGUGGUGAAAGGAGAAAACGGAGACGAGGUCCUGAUCCCGUUCCCGGAGGACGGCUCUGUGGAGGUGGAGCAGAACGUGGACCUGCCGGACUAUCUGCCGGAGGAGGAGAGCCCAUCUCAGGAGCCCGACAAGGCGGUGAGCCGAGUGGGAUCGGGGCAGGACGGAGGCAGUUGGCUCGGAGCCGCCGCCAACUUCCUGUCCCGCUCCUUCUACUGGUGACCGGGCGGAAGGGCCGGCGCGGCCCCGCCUCCCACCGUCGGACCUCCCUCCUCGUCUCAGAACAAAAACUCACAGCUGCCAAAUCAGGAUGUUCAGCUGGAGAGACGACGCAGAGUGUGAAAUGUUGCCGUGGAAACUGUUUCCUCCCGGGGUCCCACGCUCAGUCUGACCUGCACGUGGCGACGUCCUCUCUGCGAACCAGUCCUUGUGUUACAAACCAAAAUGUCUUAACAGACAGGAAGUGAACAAACGCCGAGUCAGAACAAACGAGACUCCUCCUCCUUUAAACUGUUUAUUAUUUAUUCGCCCUCGUGCCGUUUGACGUGUUGGAAGGACGAGCGGCGGCGGCGAGCCGUGCCUUUCAGUUUCUCUGGUCACAAACUUCCUGCUGCUUCCUUUCGGGCUGCAGAGAAACAUCGACCAACACGAGUGAGAGAAGAAGAGCUGGUUAAACGCCGCGCUGGGCCGAUAUCAGAGGGUAAAAGCUUCUGCUGAUCGGAGCGUUUCCUGUAAUGUCUGAGUGCGGGCUCCUAACGUGAGCCGCGUGUCGGGGUCAGAGGUGAACGGUCACCAUGUUUCGCUCAUAUGUGGCAGAUGUGUUAAUGUGAGGAAGGACAUAACCUCGUCUGCUCCCACAGCUCAGGCUGUUUACUCGCAGCAGCUUAGAUUAGACCCCUCGGGUUUGAACUUUGUGCCGCGUGUUGGGGACACGGAGCAGAUUAUGGCUGCUGCAGUGUGAGGAGCACCCGGCCGGUUAACGCUCUGCUGCAGAGGCGUUUACUGACCUGCAGGGUUAGAAGCACAGGUUGGAGCUCCGGGUGUUUGCACAGGUAACAAAAAAUGAAAAGGCCAAAUGAAACUGCUGCUCCAUCAGUCAGCCCUCGGGGUUUCCACGGGAACCGUCACAUACCUUGGCUAACUUCAGCUAUAAAACUCCGGACUCGUGUCCCUGUGGGCAGACAGCUCACAGCUUCACUGAGAGCCCACAGGAUUUUAUGUUCCUGCUUUCCACUGUUGUGCAAGUUCCACUGACCAAUCACGUUUGACCUGUGGUCCACAUGGAGUGGAAGAAUGUCUGGAGAGCAGCAGCAGUCAUGUGAAAAUAAUUCAACUUUGUUUCUAAAUGUGUUCAAACUGAUGAACAGGAGGUGACCUGAUGAUUCCAGACUGCUGGUGUGAGAGAGCUCCCCACACACACACACCCGACCACCUCCAAAUCAGGGCGGGAACAUUUACAGUUAUUCAAAGAGGCGGUCCGACACGGUGCCUGGGUCCUUGCUCCGGCUGUAAUGAGAUGCACGAGCUUUUCUGCACUCAGACAUGAAGCGUCCACCGCCCGCUGCUGUCACGGCGCCCGCUGCUGUCACGGCGCCCGCUGCUGUCACGUUUAAUAGCGUCAGUUCAAAAGCUGCAGGCCGAUCAGAGAAACUGAAAGGUCCCAGGUUUGAUUGCCGACCGCUGUCGUGUUUAUGGAGACAUGUUACCUGCUUUUAUUUCACUUCUGAGACCAAAGGGUUGGCGGGAAUCACCACCCUGUCUUUUUUUUAUUAAACAUGGUUUAAUCUGAGGCUGCUGAGUAUAAACGGCGUGUGUGUGUUCAUCUGUGGACCACGCGGGGAACAGAAGCACGAUCCAGUUUUGUGACGACGUGUGAGAAGACGGCACGACGUGCCGGCUGGGAGAGCUUAGAGUCCGCAGUGUUCCGAUUUUCCCGAGCCGCAGUUCAAACGCUCGCUCCGAGCAUCAGGUCCAACGAGCUUGUUAAAGCUAAAAAAAAUAAAAGCACAUUCGAUUGGAGUGAAAUUUGCAGAACUUUUGACAGUCUGACAUCAUUUGCUGUUUUCCCUGAACGCUCGCUCACGCUGUGGUGUCUCCUGAGCGGCCAAUCAGAAGCUUCAGUGUUGAUAUUUCAGAGUGAAACUAACUGUUUUGACUGGCAGUGGAAGUGACCUUUGACCCCCAUAUACAGAUUUCUGCUGUCCUCUCAUUCUGUGUUAAUUGUGUACCUGCCAGGUGUGCUCACGACUCCACCCACAGAACGCACGGUCCAAUCACAUUCAGAGUAGCCUGUUGAAUCCAAACGCAGCGUCGGCUGAAUUUAAGACAGCAGGGUAAACGCAUCGAUGAUGUCAUUGGCGUUUCCAUGGAAACGCCGUAUAAAACGGCCCCGUCGUAGAGCCUCCACAGAGCGUCGAGCUCCAACCCUCGGGUCGGUUAAAGUUCCUGAGGAUGUCCCGCUCUGAAGGUAACCACGGGACCGCUGAAGCCGCCUCCUCCCGAGGAGGGCGACGCCCCGCCUCCUCCCGAGGAGGGCGACGCCCCGCCUCCAGGUUCUUGACUGAUGUGUGACAUCACGGUUCUGCCGCCUCGCUAAACGCAAAGCUCGUGUUGAAGCCGGGCUCUGCAGCCUUAUUAUUUACAGCUGUUAUUACAGGUCAUGUGACCGAAGCAUCUUUAAAACAACACCCAACGCACAGCCGUGCGCGCUGUUCGCCACCCGUGCGCGCUCUGCUCUUGUUUCCUCUGCUCAGGUCAAAGUGUGAAGUUUCACAUGUAUCAGAAAUAAAAGCUUUUCUUUGACAUUGUGUUGACGUCAUGUUUUUAUGUUUUCUUCCCUGAAACCAGCUGACGCUCGUGCAUUUUCUUCAUCAUGUGUUCAUCAUCAUGUGCGUUGCCGUAGAAACGGUCUGUAUGGUGACUGCUGAAUAAAAACUGUGGUGAACCUCGA